CUCUUUAUUGACAGACUUUCUGUUCCUCUCCGUGACUCCACCGUCUAUGUGUCCAAAAAUAAAACCAGACCGACUCUUUACGCGUGAAAACGGACACUUUAAAGAGCCGUUCCUCUAAACCCACUCAGUCUCUCUCUAAUUUAGUUCAGACCGCCUCUAAACUCAGACCGGGUUUAGGGAGUGGAGGGAGGUGAUUGGAGGUCAGAGGUUUCUGGUUCACCGGGGCAGGCGGUGCAGUUCUCGGUCUGAGACACUGGGUGCUGCUGGGGAGGAGGCGCAGACAGACCCGGACCUCAGACUGAGGCGCGACGUGGAAAAAAAGCAGAAUGGCAUUCAGGUCUUUUCAGCUCCGACACAUGAGAGAGAGAAGAAACUGAUCCUGUCUGAGGAGGAUCUGCAGCUGACAUGUAGAUUCAUACAGAGAAGAAGAGGAGGAUCAUCGAGACCAUGGACGGAGGACUGACGAUCACCUUUAUCUCCGUGGCCAUGUUUUUGGGCACGUUUAUCCUCGGAUUCAUCCCGCUGUUGUUCAGACUCUCGGAGGUAAGAUCUUUACUGUCUGAACUUCAUGUAAUCUGUGCGUCCUCUCUGCGUCACUGCGCAGAGUUUAAAUUGUUGUUUUUGUCCAUGGGAUUUGGUGCAUACUGUUUGCUUAUCAUAGAAGGAGGAGACAGAAACCCUGCAGCUGUUUUCACAGUGACAUAAAUCAGUGUGGGAAGUAUUGGACCCGGAUCAGCUGAAGUCAUGUGUCUGUCCACAGAGAAGUCUGCAGUUCGUCUCUAUCCUGGGGGCCGGACUCCUGUGUGGGACAGCACUGGCCAUCGUCAUCCCUGAGGGAGUGGGUUUACUGGAGGAGUCCUGGAGUGGUGAGGAGGACUGUCUGUUAAAAUCCUCAUAAACCUGUGGUCCAGGGUUCAACUGCAGUUUACUUAUAAUUAAAACAAACUCCUGAUUUAAUCCUCUCCAACCUCAACAGAUUUAGGAGACUUUAUCUUUUAGUUCAUGACAAAGAGUAAAAUAAUUCAAAACUCACAUUAGGAAACCCAGAAAAGUUAGUUUCAUCCUUUUAAUCAGAUCAUUUGUGUUUAAAUUUUUAUGCUAAUAGCCCACAUGAUUCUUAAACUAGCAUUUUUGUCACUUUUAUCAUUUUUGGUCUGACUUUGUUGAUAAAUUGUAGUUUAAAAAUAAGUAAAUCAGAUUAAAAAGAGAAUAAAAGUUCAUCAAAUUCAAUUACAAAGUGACCAAAUCAUAAAAAUAACUCCAAAACACUUAAAGCAGUUCAAUAAGCUCUCGGUGCAAACAUUGAGAUAAAUCAUGUUUCUUUUGUUAUUAUCUCUUUAUUUGCAUUUUCAGUUUGAAUAUAAACAAAUCACAGGUUAAAUAAAUGUACUUAAUAAAUCCCCCCAGUCCCCUCCCCCAACACCUCAUGUUCCCAGAUCCUCUAAAAGGAAAAGAAAGUAAGAAAGAAAGUAAAUGAAUAAAUAAAUAGUAAUAAUAAAAAGGAUAAUAAUAAAGAUAAAAUACACCGUGAGUUAUCCUGAACAUACAGUACAUUGUAAAUAAAAUUAAAUUGAGUUACUGGAUUAAUCAGUUUUCUAAAAGCAUGUGUAAGACCCCUUUAUUUUCUACAUUAGGACAGUUUUUUAUUCCAAAUUCAUGAAAUGUUCUCUUGACUUUUACACGUGCUGCACCACGAGAUCUGAAACCAGGACCUGAAAGUGCUGGUUCAGGUAAAUAUUCAGGGUUUACAGGAUGAUGAAAAUAAUAAUGUCACAGUCCAAUAAAUACACAUGAAACAUCCACUCAGUAUCGCCGUGGAGCACAGUUCUCCCAAAACUGCUCACUAACAUCCUCUGAUUCCUGCUGAAUGUGAGUUUUUUCCCAGUUCAGUUUCAGUUUCUUUGUAUUUAUUCUGAGAUAACGUUGAUUUCUUGCUGUGUUUCUACGGUGUGCUGAGAGGGACAAACUUAAACCUGUCUCUGUGCAAAAAUAAAUCAGUAACUUUUAUCGUCUUCAUGAAUUGAACUCGUAGUCGGUGUGUAAACAGGACUAACUGCUUCUGUUCCUGACAGUUUAGUGUUGAACAGUCUGGAGUGGGUCGGUAAAUUCUGGUUCUUGUCGGUUAAAUGUUAUUCAGAUGAGUGAAUAUUGAGUUGAUCGUCUCGGAGGAUGAAAGGCGUCUCUCUGGUCUUCAUGUUUUUGUCUCUUUUGUCUGAAUUCGAUCAAAGCUCCUCUCAUCCUUCAUCUCUCCGCAGCUGAACCCUCCUCUGAUGUCCACUCAGCUCUGAACGACUCGGAUAAAAACGCCACCUCCACAGAGCGAGGACCUCCGCCUCGCUUCUUCAUCGGGUUGGCUCUGACCUUCGGCUUCACCCUCAUGUUCGUGGUGGAUCAGAUCGGGAAUUACCUCUCAGUGCGAGGUGAGUCUGCAGAUCUCCUGCUCUGACUCCACCUGUCUUUCUAUUUUAUUCACAUCUCUAAAACUUCUUCAUCGUCUCGUUUCAGACCAGUCGUCUCAUUUGCAUAACAGCGUUGGCAUCACAGCCACUCUGGGACUGGUUAUUCACGCCGCAGGUAAAACAAACACUUCCUGUCUAAUCCUCUGCUUUUGUGUUUGCUCACCGCACACAAGAUGUUCGGAGGAAUUCAAGACCUGAGGAGGGAAAAUUCCCAACAAAGCAGCCGAGUUAUUCAUGAGUUCAUGUGACCGGACUCAUGUGAUCCCUCCUCCUCUGUUUCAGUCUUUUAUGGUUUUAGAGGACUUCAUGAACGAGUGCAGAAAAAACAGACUCAACAGAGAAACAACAAGUCCAGCAGGUUACAGAUUUAGUGCAGAGAGAUUUAAUCCACUUUGAAGUUGGUAUUACAGACUUAUUUCGGCUUUUUACUACUUUAUUGAAAAACAAAAGUAGUACACUUAAAUAAAGAGGAGUGAUUUUGUCAGGAUCUCUCAAAAUCAGCUGAUUUAUGUAGAAGAACAAACUCUAUCAUUGGAAAACUGUAGCCGAGCUUAUUUAGGAGCCAAAGUGAGCAACAUCUAUGCCACUUCAGAGGGACAUGUAACUCAUACUGUUAGUUUUUUAGUAUAUCAAAAAUCUAUCAUUUAAAAGCCUUUAAAUAUUGUAUUUGUAAAAGAAAGUUUCAGGUCUUUAAAGUCCUGGAAUUAAACUCCAGGAUUCCUGCAUGAACCCUGGUUUGAAGACUCGGAGUGGAGGACGUGUGAUGGGUCAGAACAAGCCGCUCAUAAACUGACUUUUCAGUCCUCCUCUGGACCCUCAUGUCGGGCUGGUUUAGACCUGAACUCCUCAGGGAGGUCGGCUGAUAAUAAUCCAAAACCUGAUUAAGGUCUCAGUCUUUUCUGCACAGUCUAGUAAGAGAGGAACACGGUCUUGUUAUCAGCCCUGAACUCUCUGAGUCUCCUUAAAAUACAGAAACUGCACUUUUCUUCAUGAGGAGCUGAAGUGAUGACCUCUUUUACCAUGAACCUUUAAUGACGUGUGACUAUAAUGUGGUCAGUUUGGACAUUACGCUCUACUACUCAUGACGAAUCUUACGUUUGUAAAGUGCAGCCGGACAGCAGCACACCUUUGGACUUUGCACCUUAACUUAAGACACGAGUCGCUCAGAGCUGCAGUAAAAAAAAAAGGGAACAACAAACUUUUCUGCCUUUUCUUCACUUUAGUUCAGACUUUAGGAUGAAAAGUUCCUGAUGUUGACGACUUCUAAGGUCCCGAGCUCUACUGCAGAUUCUUAACAGAGCUGGAAAUAAGAGUUCACCGAUGUUAGCUUAGUCCAAAUUAUCACUGAAUUACAAAUACAUGAAUAUAGUUUCAUUAAAAAAGGGACUGUUGUUAAGAUUAACGAGUCUUUUGUUUGGUUGCAGCUGAUGGAUUCGCUCUGGGUGCGGCUGUCGCCACAGGUCAGGUGUCCGUUCAGGUGAUCGUGUUUUUCGCCGUGAUUCUGCACAAGGUGAGGAACGUUUUAGUUUCAAUGAAAGAGGUAAAAGUUUGUAAAAAUGUUCCUAGCAGACCAACACCACCACCAACAAUUAAAUUGCAAUACUACACCCCUAAUUAUUUAUUAAUCAUGUGCAAUAUCAAUAUCAUCAUCAUCACAUCCAUACCUGUUUUUGUUGGCACUGAUUAGGCCUGAACGAUAUAUCGUUUGACUAUCGUCAUCGCGAUGUACGUGUGUGCGAUAGUCACAUCGCAGAGCCUGCGAUAUUGGAGGUGAAUGAACUCAUUUAAUUUCAAGGGUAACCGACUGAGAUACACUCCAUGUGACUCUGCAUGUGCUGUGCAGCGAUCCACCAAUCGCCUUCGUCCUUAACUCAGUUGCCAAUCAGACUCACUUCUCAGUUGCCAAUCAGACUACCCUGCCAGCUGUCAAUCAAAAUCAGGGAGGAGAAAACCCACCCCUGCACAUGUUCUGCACAUGGAGGGAGACGUGUGUCCGCUGAGAAUUACUUUCGGAACUUUACUCAUGACUAUUAAGCCCAGCAAAUAAGAACUGUAUGGGUUUUAAAUUGUACAUUUCCGUGGACCACUCUACUAUAAGCAGUGCGCGUUUUGCGAGGUGCAUGCAAUUCUCGGAGGACAUGCGUUUCUCGGCACAACACCGCUAACAACAACAACAACGAUCGCAAAAUGAACAACGAACAAGCGAAAACCACCGAAAAUGAAGAUUUGUUGCCAAAAAGAAAAGGAAAGUCAGUUAUCUGGAAUUAUUUCGGUUAAAAGAAGGAUGAUGUUGACCAAAACACGUGUUCUGUGUUCACCUGUUGCCACAAUAACGUCCCAGCACAAUAAAAGCUGAAAAUAUCUCUGAGACAGACAGAAGCCGUUCUACUAACAUUCACAAAAAGAGGUAAGAUCAGAGCAGAUUAACUGUCCUCAAGAUUUUAGCAAUGCAGCAUAACAUUAAGUGCUAUUCAGGUCAUCUGGUGAAAAUACUGUAUUUUUAAUAUCGCAAUAUAUAUCGCAGGGUUGAAAAAAUUUGCAAUAUUAUUUUUUUCCAAUAUCGUGCAGCCUUAGCACUGAUCUUUCUUUCUCUUCUAUAUUUUUCUCAUACUUGUCUAUAAUAUUGUUCUUUAGUUGUACUGCUCUUUCCUCCUUUUUUCUGUAGUUCUUCAUCUUAUUUAAUUGUUUUUUGGACCCAUUAUUAAUGUGUAUGUUGUGUACUGCUGCUGUUAAUGACUUAAUUUCCCCACUAAGGGAAUGAAAAAUGGAAAUCUAAUCUACAAAAGGACGUUUAAAGACGUGAUGACGAUGUUCUUUCUCCUUCAGGCUCCUGCAGCUUUCGGUCUGGUCUCCUUCUUGAUGCACGCCGGUCUUGAGAAGAGGUUCAUUCAGGGUCAUUUACUCGCCUUCUCAGCCGCUGCUCCUGUAGUCGCCAUCGCCACUUACUUCAUAUUACACGCAGUAAGAACGCACACAUCAGCUGAUGUUUACUCAGGUGUGCUGAAGGAUUUGGUGUCGUCUUAAUUUGGCGUGUUUUCGUCCACAGUCCGGCGGCUCCUCUCAGAACCAGCUCAGUGCGACAGGCGUGGGGAUGCUCUUCUCAGCCGGGACGUUCCUCUACGUCGCCACUGUCCACGUCCUUCCUGAGAUCAGCAGAGUGGAGCAACAAUCCCCCGUCCUCCAGCAGCACGCAGGCGCCGAGGGGCAUCAGCACCGACACCUGGGACUCCUGGAGAGCCUCACCCUCAUCCUCGGGGUCGGGCUCCCCGUGGUUUUGGCCCUCGGGCUGAGCGACGACUGAGAGAGAAACACGAGGGCGUUUAAGGUCAGAGUGAAGAGAGACACAGCGCCGCCACGCCUUAAAGGAAAACUGUGAGCCCCUUUAAUGAAGUGUACUUCCUGUGUGUCGAGUAAACAAACGCCACGUUUUCACCAGAAGUGCCAAGAAAAUGUCAGUCCAAGGAGAAGAAAAGUUCCUCCAGAGGACUGAAAUACUUUUGAGGAUUAAAUUAAUUUACCUGCUGAGGUGUGAAAAAGACUCGCCUGUCUGAUAUUUAACUUCACAGAAACACCCACGAUCAAUUAUUUAAACUAAAGAGUCUUUAAACCACCAGGUCACCUUCACACGAAAACUUGGACUCUGUAUUUAUUCCACCUGAUGCACUUUCCUUUUUUAAAGUCUAAAAUUUCUGUUAAAUUUGAGUCGAUAUUUUCCACUUUCUCCCAAAGCACGACUCUGUUUGUGACUAAAAUCCGAGUUGUAUUGUUUUUCUUCUAACGUCACAUCAGGGUAAAAUGACAGAAUUUACUCACCUGAGUUCAUCCCUCAAAGUUUUUAUCAAGAUAUUUCAAAACUCUUCCUGGAAAUUUAGCAGAAAUCGACCGAACAGAAAAAACACAAAAACAGCGACAGUCUGCUGAAAAAACAAAUCAAUGUCUCUGUGAGUUUGAUCAAAUAUUGAAACAGAGAGGAGGGAGGCGGUGAUCCGGACUUUAUCUGACCGAUUACAGACCCACAAGAGCUUUAGGCUUUAUACACCAUCGACUUAUACAUUUAUUUUAUAACGACUUAUUUAUUUAUUUAUUGACAAACGAUCCCAAAUUAUCGUUAAUGCAGCAACAGGACGUGAACUCCAGAGACCUCAGACCUGUCGGCUCCAGGUCCGUUUGUAUAAAACAGGAGGACUGGUUUCUCUCUUAGUUAGAUGAUGAUGAUGAUGAAGUUCUGAGACUCCAACAAUGUUAGUGACCUAGUCCACUAUCUGGACGGGAACAGCUGGAGAUCCAAACACUAAACUGGACCGUCUCAUUUUAGUUCAGCCUCAGAGGUCUGUGAAGACCACAAAGGUUGGUCCAUCAAGAACUGGAUCCUUCAAAGAAUGGAUCUCUCAAAAGCUGGGUCCAACAAAGACUUGGUCCAUUAAAGGGAUAUUCCGGCAUAAAUUAAUUUAGGGUCAAACCCACCAUAACACCGAGUUAGACUCCCCCUCCAGAGAUGAAUGUUGCGGACCGCUUGCUUCUCUAGUUAUACCAACUUUAGUAACGACCGCAGGAUAGAAAUACAGAGAGCCACGCCCCCAACCAAAACACCACUCUAUAGCCACAAAUAAUGCUCAGAACAGCACCUAACUUCAUCAACAGGACAUAUAGGGUCACAGACAUAGUACUAGACACCAAACAUCUUUUUAACUUUGACUCAUUUCUUUAACAAAGAGACGUAACACAACUCACCUACUCGACUACAGCGGGGUGCCACAGCUCAAGGAAGAACAUUAAUGAUCAUUUCUUUAUCAUUUCCUUGAAGUAAUAAUCACCAUAUUAAUCAUUUUUCACUGCAGACGCGGCCGUUCUUCUGCCUUAGCGUCUCGGUCUGAUUGUAUUUCCAUGAAGAAAUGAUCAUAAAUGUUCUUCCUUGAGCUGCGUCACCCCACUGUAGUCCGUAAUGGACUGGCCUGAGGUCUCUCUACAAACAAGCGUCUGCUGGAAGAGAGUAGGUGAGUUGUGUUUAGUCUCUUUGCCAAAGAAAUGAGUCAAAGUUAAAAAGAUGUUUGGUGUCUAGCACUAUGUCUGUGACCCUAUAUGUCCUGUUGAUGAAGUUAGGUGCUGUUCUGAGCAUUAUUUGUGGCUAUAGAGUGGUGUUUUGGUUGAGCGCGUGGCUCUCUGUAUUUCUAUCCUGCGGUCGUUACUAAAGUUGGUAUAACUAGAGAAGGAAGCGGUCGACAACAUUCAUCUCUGAGGGGGGGUCUAACUCGGUGUUACAGUGUGUUUGACCCUAAAUUAAUUUUUACACCGGAAUAUCCCUUUAAAACUGGGGUCCUUUCAAGACUUGGCCCUUCAAAAACCAGACCCUUAAACAGCUAGCUCUCUUAAGUUGGGCCCUUCAAAAGCUGAGUCUUUUAAAGGUUGGUCCCUUAAGAUCAGGGUCCUCUAAAGGUUAAACCGGUUCUUUGAAGAGUCUUGAGUCCUUGGAUCUUCCCCUGAAUCUGGAACAGCUCAUGUUCUGAACUGAUCAGACAGAUUUGCUGCAGUAAAAGACUCUUACAGACUCCUGUUGGGUUACAGAGACCAGGGACUUCCCGUGACUUUCCUUCGAACCCGGUCCCUGAUGAGAAAAGGCGCCUUUGAAAGACCGAGCUCUGAUCCGGGAAAGUUUCGAGGACAGCUUUUGUUUGUGUAUCAUAAAAUCUCUCCGGCUCUGAGAAUCUGAUCGUCUGGAGACAAAAGGAAGGCGGUGCUUGUUGCCAGGUUUGAAAUCAACAAUCCCCUUUGGGUCGUUUAUUCUGGUGACUGAAAACAUGAGGGAGUGUCACCUUCAGCUCAGAUCGAUUUACAGGAACAACAAAUACGUCCCAACAUCCAGAGAGAAGAUAAUAACUCAUUUGUUUGAUCAAACUAGUCCUGCAGCUUUUGGUCUCCUGGAUAUUAGAGAGUGUUUCAGGAUGUCAGAGUCAGGAUCUGAAACAGGUGGUAAACAGGAACAGACAGAAACAGACGGACAGAAACAGACAGUUGUGUUUGUGAAGUGACUGGAUUAGACUUCUCUCUGUUUUGGUUCCUCUUUCAGUUCCUUCAUGAAUGGUUUUUUUUUUCGGAUCAGGAGAUAAUAAAACAUGUCGGCUCUCGUUCUGAUGUCUGUUUCUUCACACAAACACUUUCUGAGCUCAGAGGCAGGGUGUCGGAUACUAAUUCAUUUUUAAUUACUGAUGUGUCAGGUUACACCGGGCUUUAAGCAGAUAAACAAAAUGAAAAACAGGCAGAUUACUCUUGAAGUUAAAUUCAUGUCUUUAUAAAACUUUUAUUUACAGCAGAAGUCGACGAGAGAAUAAGGAAAAAGUUUUAUUUAAUACAGUCCAUAGUCUUUAAUCCCCACAUUUUUUUUUUCUAACAUGCUGAUGCUUUAAAGGGACAUUCCGGCGUAAAAUUAAUUUAGUUUAAUUUAAUUUAUAACCACAAAUAAUGCUCAGAACAGCACCUAACUUCAUCAACAGGACAUAUAGGGUCACAGACAUAGAACUAGACACCAAACAUCUUUUUAACUUUGACUCAUUUCUUUAGUAAAGAGACUAAACACAACUCACCUACUCUCUUCCAGCAGCCAUUUGAUUGUAGAGAGACCUCAGGCCAGUCCAUUACGGACUACAGCGGGGUGCCGCAGCUCAAGGAAGAACAUUUCUGAUCAUUUCUUCAUGGAAAUACAAUCAGACCGAGACGCUAAGGCAGAAGAACUACCGCGUCUGUAAAAUGAUUAAUAUGAUGAUUAUUACUUCAAGAAAUGAUAAAGAAAUGAUCGUAAAUGUUCUUCCUUGAGCUGCGGCACCCCGCUGUAGUCCGUAAACUACAACCGGGUGCUAUCGUGCGGUAGUUACUGAAGUUGGUAUAACUAGAGAAGCAAGCGGUCGACAACAUUCCUCUCUGGAGGGGCGGGGUCUAACUCGGUGUUACGGUGACUUUGACUCUAACUUAAUAUUACGCCGGAGUAUCUCUUCAAGACUCUCGUCCAUAACACUGAAGUAAACAUGAACCAUCAGUCUGGUCUCCUCCUUUGGCUCACCUUCCUCUCCCUGAAUUGCUCCAUAAUUCCUCUCUUCUUAUCUGCAGCACAUGUCGAAUCCUAAACUCUGAUGUCAGCCCUCAAACACUCCAGCUGCUGCAGACCAAAGUUAACCCUUCACUCCCCGACCUGCAGCUCCAAACCCUCAGAAGACUCAAAACUCUAAAAACUCGACCUGUUUUUAUGAACGUGUAAAAGAUUUGGCACUUUGAGAAGGUCCGUUUGUCUCUGAGUGAAGCCGGUACCAACAUGUGGUUUCAGGAUCAGAUCAUGGGUAGAUGGAGGUCACAUGGAGGCGGUCUGGGAGCCUCUCUACAGUCAGGGUCAGAGGUCAUAUCUUCAUGCGGCUCAUGGCGGCGCUCAGCUGGGCCUCCCGAACCAUCCGAUCAAACGUCCGCUUGUGUGUCUGCUGCCUGACCUGGUCCCUCAUGUGGAAGGAGGCCCGGACCAGCCUGUUGGCCUCCUCCUGGAUCUGCUCCCUCUGCCUCCUCAGCCUCUCCCUCCUCCAGUCCUUCAUGAAGACGGCGCUCUCUCUGACCUUCCUCUCCUCCUCCUCCUCCCUCUGGAUCUUCUCCCUCAGCCUCAGGUGGAGGAGCUGCCUGUGUUGGUUGCGUUGUUGUGUCUGCAGCGCUCUGGUGUGGUUCUGGGUGGAGGCGUGGAUGGCGGCUCUCUGGGAGCGUCUCUGGCUCAGCUGGACCAGGAUCUGUUUCUGGGUCAGGUUCUGGACGUUCUGCAGUUUGGCCCUCAGCUGGACUCUCUGGAUCUGCUCCUCCUCCUGCUCUGCCCGCUCCCUCAGCUCCUUUAGACGCGCCUCUGCGACCUGAGCGCGUUUCUCACAGGAGCGCUGCUGCUUCAUCUCCAGUAUGCUCCUCAUGUGCGCCUCCUCCUCCUCCAUCUGCUGCUCCACCUGCUGCUUCAGGAGGAUGUGUCUCAGCAGCUCUUUUCGGUUCUCCUCCUGCAGCCUCCUCCUCUCCUUCUCCCCCUGCUGCGCUCUGCUCCUCCUGGCCUUGUGCUCCUUCUCCGCUGCCACCUGCCUCUCCCUCUCUCGCUCCCUCAUCUCCACCUCCUCUUUCUGUCUCAGAAGCUUCUCCUGGUAGCGUUUCCGGUCUUGUGCCUCCUUCUGCACGGCCUCCAUCUUCUGUUGACGCUGGGCCUCCACCUCCUCCUUCAGCCUCCUCCACCUGUCUUCCUGCAGCAGCACCUCCUGCUUCAGGUGUCCCAUCUUCUCCUGCUCCUGGCUCUCCUUCAGCCUCCUCCGGGCCUGCAGCUCCUUGUUCCAGUGCUUCACGCUCAGCCUCAGCUUCCUCCUCCUCUGUUUCUCAGCCUGGGCACGCUUCUCGUCCUCCUUCUUCUUGGCCUCCUGUCUCUCUUGCUCCUCCUGCAGGGACAGCUUCAGGCUCUCCUCCUCCUCCUCGUGUUUGACCAGCAUUAGAGCAGCGAUCUUACGGUCCCUCUCAGGUAGGAUCACACACAUCUUCCUCCUGAUGUCCUCGGUCAGCUGUUGGAGUUUCCUCUCAGUCCUGGGGGAGUGUCGGAGGUCUCCCAGCCUGGAGCUGCACACUGUGCUCCUGUCUCUGAGGGAGGUGCCCACACCUGAACAGGUGGAUUUACUCACAGAUUGACUCUUUAAACACAGAUCUGCAUACGGGACAGUCUCUGCUGACUCCUCCUGCAGGCCUGGAGACACUUUGCUGCAGCUGAGCCUCCUCCUGUCCCCCUCCCCCUCCUCCCUGAUAAUCCUCUCCCUCUCCCCCCUGCACAUUUGUAAAAGCUUCGUCCUCUCCUUCUCGUAGGUCUCAUGCAUCACUUUAACUGCCUCGAAGGGCGCCUGUUGCUGCUCGGCUAUCAGCUCGUUUAAGGAUUUAAUCAGGAGAGCCACCGGUCUGAUCCCCAGCCGAGCGCAGGACUCCAGAGAGCGGGGACUCGUCAGGACGUACCGGCUCCUCUCUGCCUCUGUGGAGUCAAAGUUGUUGAGGUCCAGGUGGAGUCCUGGGGAGGUGAACCUCUGCUCCUCCAUGGUGGAAGGUAGACAGGUACUCACUCCUCGUGGUUCAGGUGUAAACUUCACGAGCUCGGAGCUGUUUCUGCGCUCGUGCUCCUGCAGGUCUCCUUCUCUCAGAGGUCAUGGAGGGAUUAGAGAGGAUUUCUGCGAGGACGUCUGCACCUCUUUACUGCAACAGGAGACAACAACACACCGACAAGAGGAAAAUUUAAUUAUGAAAUGGCUUAUGAAUAGUUAGCAGAAGUUAUUUUGUUCUUAUUGCUUCAACAAAAAUGAGAAAUUAAAAAUGACUGAUGGAAAGUUAAAAUUUAAUAAAGUUAAAUGCAUCAAAAAAGGUGAUUUGUUUUUUCCUCCUCUUCUUCUCCUUUUUAUUUUUAUCAUUAUCAUUUAUCUGAUGUUUUUGGUAUGAUGUUUAUAAAUGCUGUUUUGAUUAUAGAUGUAAUACUACUACUACUAGUAAUAAUAAUAAUAAUAAUAAUAAUAAUAAUAAUAAUGAUAAUAAUAAUAAUAAUAAAAGUGAUUAAAAAAA